AUGGACGAUAACCCAUACACGCAGGGCUUAAGCAACUCAGCAUUUGAAAGAUUGCAACUCCAUAUGCAACUGCAAAGCCUCCAAAACCCAUCUUUUUUUGACAACCCUGCUCUUUGGCCCAGGUUGCAUCCCCUUGGAGAAAGGGCAUUAUUGCAACUCCAACAUGGCUUGAAUAAUGAUAGCUCCACUACGACCCAGAUGCCACAAUUAGUCCCUCACACCCAAACGGUAGUACCCUCGCAAAAAGUUGUGUUCCAUGAAUUUUCUUCAUCAGCGACCUCAGUUAAUAUUGAAGGAGGAGAUAAUUCUAUAACUACUAACAACCGAAAACAACAAGAUGAAAUGGAGAAUUCGAUGAUAAACGAGGUGUUUUCAUCAUUAGAGAGCUCCACCGUUGCAUCAAUUGCAUUCAACAACAGAUCAGAAGCGGCAGCAAUGGGUACAAUCAUGUCAUCGUCCCAACUAAAUGGCAUGCGUAUGGAACAAUCAAGCAUGAACAAUAUUCAGUCAUUAUCUGGCCUACAAACUGAAUUAAACGAAUUAAUUCAUGGCCAAAAUGGUGGAGGAUUUGCAACGAAUGAAGAUCAGAUGACGACAGAAUUUGAUUGUUUCAAAGAGAUGGGGGAUACUUCCAAGGACAGCAUGAUCAGUUGGUGGGCUAAUGAUUUCGACACAAAAUCAUCGUCUUCAAAUUCAUGGAACGCCACUUCUGUUCUUCACAGUGAGGGGAUGUUUCAAGACUAUGUUCUAGGGUAUGAUCUAUAG